CUCUUGGUCUAUAAUUUGAUCAGGAACACACAUCAUCACGUGUUUAUCAUUUCUUCUUUUUCAUAUUAUUUGUUGAAUCUGUGAGAUUAUUGUGUAGAAUCAACCAUGGAUGAAGAGUACGACGUUAUAGUUCUCGGCACUGGUCUCAAAGAAUGCAUCCUCAGCGGUCUCCUCUCCGUUGAUGGCCUCAAAGUGUUGCAUAUGGACCGAAACGAUUAUUAUGGAGGAGAAUCAAGCUCCCUCAUGUUAAAUCAGCUAUGGAAGCGGUUUAAAGGAGAUGAAAACCCUCCAGAAUCCUUGGGCAGUAGCAAGGAGUAUAAUGUUGAUAUGAUUCCAAAGUUCAUGAUGGCAAAUGGUGUUUUGGUACGCGCUUUGAUCCACACCAACGUUACAAAGUAUCUAAAUUUCAAGGCGGUAGAUGGUAGCUUUGUAUACAACAAUGGGAAGAUCUACAAAGUUCCUGCAACAGAUGUUGAAGCGCUGAAAUCUUCGAUUAUGGGUCUGUUUGAAAAAAGGCGUGCACGAAAGUUCUUUAUAUAUGUUCAAGACUUUGAGGAAAACGAUCCUAAAUCUCACGAAGGUUUGGAUUUGAACACAAUUCCUGCAAAAGAGCUCAUUAGUAAAUAUGGUCUUGAAGAUGAUACAAUCGAAUUUAUCGGUCAUGCAUUGGCACUCUAUACUAGUGACAGUUAUUUGGAACAGCCCGCGAUUGAUUUUGUGAAGAGAAUCAGGCUAUAUGCAGAAUCUUUAGCGCGUUUUGAAUCGGGAUCUCCUUACAUUUACCCAAUGUAUGGGCUUGGAGAGUUGCCACAGGCAUUUGCUCGAUUAAGUGCGGUUUAUGGGGGGACUUACAUGCUUAACAAGCCACAAUGUAAGGUAGAAUUUGAUGACAGUGGGAAGGUGGUUGGUGUGACCUCUGACGGAGAAACUGCUAAAUGCAAAAAAGUUGUAUGUGAUCCAUCAUACGUGCCCGAUAAGGUCAAAAAAGUUGGGAAAGUUGCUCGAGCCAUAUGUAUAAUGAGUCACCCGAUUCCAGAUACCAACGAUUGUCACUCGGCCCAAGUCAUUAUUCCACAAAAGCAACUUAAACGUAAAUCAGACAUGUAUCUAUUUUGUUGUUCGUAUUCACACAAUGUGGCUCCACAAGGCAAGUUUAUUGCAUUGGUGACAACGGAAGCAGAGACUGACGACCCUCAGAGCGAAUUAAAGCCCGGCGUUGACCUUCUGGGACCCGUGGAUGAGGUCUUUUAUGAAACUUUGGACAGAUUUGAGCCAACAGAUGAUGGUGCUGCUGAUAACUGUUUCGUAUCUACUAGUUAUGAUGCAACGACACACUUUGAGACAACGAUGAAAGAUGUUCUAACCAUGUACACCAAAAUAACCGGAAAGGAACUUGACCUUUCUGUGGACCUGAGUGCCGCUAGUGCUGGUGGUACCGAAGAAUAAGUCGUUUACAUUAAAACCUCUUGGCUUGUGGAGAGCUUUAUUUUAUGCGGUCGGGAUAUAUUCUUUUUUUUUUUUUUUUUUUUU